CCCUCUUCUGGCCUGCAGGCAUACAUGUAGGCAGAACACUUCAUAAUAAAUAAAUAAAUAAAUCUUAAAAAAAAAAAAAAUCUCAAAAACCAAAAGACAGAGACUGAGGCUAUGAUGAUGGCUUCAAGAGUGAGGACACUAUGACGCCUUUAAUCCCAGCACUUGGGAGGCAGAAGUAGGUGGAUCUCUUUUGAGUUCGAGAUCCCCCUGAUCUACAAGAGAUAGUUCCAGGACAGCCUCCAAAGCCUCAGAGAAACCCUGUCUUGAAAAACCAAGAGAGAGAGAGAGAGAGAGAAAGGACACUUGAUACCAAACCUGAUGACCUAAGGUUAAUCCCUGGGAUCCACAUGGUGGAAGAAAAUCAACUCCUCUAAUUUGUUUUCUUCCUCCAUACAUGUACACUUAAAUAGAUAAACAAGUAAAUGUGAAAAAAUUAAGAUCCUAUCUAGGCCUCAUUGUCCUAGAACUGCUGAGCUUCCUGUAUCAGCCUCUGAGCUACUGGAUUGGGGAGGAGGCAUGAGCCACCUCACCAAGCUUACCAUGAAUGUUGUUUUGCUUGAGAUGGGGUUUCUGUAUAUAGCCCUGGCUGGCCUGGAACUUGCUAUGUAGACCACAAUAGCCUUGAACUCACUGCAAUCCUCCUGGGUGCUGAAAUUAGAGGUAUAAACCACCAUGCCCAACUCACCAUAGACUCUCCUUAUCUCUCGAUCCCCACCCCCACCCCACCCCGUGUGUUUCAAGAGCACUGAGGACAGCAGGUCAUGCCUGCUAAGUACAGGCACACAUCAUUUAGGUAAUGAGAGCUUAGGUGUAGAUAUUUAUAAAGAGGCGGGUAAAUAACCAAAGAAUGUACAGGGGCUGGAAGUUGACACAGAAGGGCAGGUUCACACAUACAGAACAUAAAACACACAGGGUCAGGCUGACGGAAAAGAAACACCUCGUGAUACUUGGCCACCAUCGAGAGCCCAGCCGACAAGAGCGGCCCUAGAAGGCCAAAGCGUGUGGACUCCCACCUGCUCCUCGGCCAUGCUGGUUGUGGGCGUCCAGUGCACAAGCCUCACCCCUCACGCCCUAAACCCUACAGAAUUGGGUCGACCCUCACUCAGACUGGUGCUGCGGAACUUCAGUUUCCUUUUAAGCCAGCAUCAAUAAUCCUAGUUUUCCGGAAACUCAUGAGAUCACAGCGGGGUAAGGCGCUCAUUCGAUCGAUGCAUUAAAGUUAGCUCAGCAGCUAAGAACAUUUACUGCAGCCUGACAUGGCGGUGCACGCCGCUAAUCCCAGCACUUGGGAGGCAGAGGCAGACAGAUCUCUGUGAGUUCGAGGCCAGCCUGUUAUAGAGUGAGUUCCAGGACUACAUAGAAAGAAAGGGUCCUGGAGAGACAUAUCAGCUCCCUCCCCCAACUCGGCGACUGCGGUGAACCUCAAACGUCCCCAGCAAAAAGAAAGCACACAGGUUCGGUUCCCAGCUCCUACAUAACAGCUCUGGUGCCUGCCCAGCGAUCUGCCGCCCCAUUCUGACCUCCGCUGCUACUGCAAGCACGUGGUGCACAGGCAUGCAAGCAUUCUUGGAACACACACACACACUCGGGAGGCAGAAUGCAGUCGGAUCUUUAUGAGUUCCAGGGCAGUUGUAGCUAUACAAGACCCUGUUUCAAAAUACCAAAAAUUAGAAGGCCGGUGAGAUGGCUCAGCGGAUAAAGGACACGUCCUGAGUAUCCGGGCAGCUUCCCCUGAAAGAUGGGAGGAGGGAACAGACCCAGACACAGUACUUCGCCCUCUACACCUGCGAAUGCAGGAGAGUUUUGAGGCUCACUCCACGCAGACUCAUCCCGCAUAACGAUGCCGCAGCGUGGGCAUAGCAUAAGAAAAGGGAAACGUAGCCAGUGGAGCGACGUUGGGACUCUAAGAUGACCGCCCAGAGGACGACAGUAACAACCGCAGAAGUAACCGCGACAGCGCUGGGGGGGGGGGGAGUGCCAGAAAUGAAGGGGUGUGGUCUGCGAUGGAGGCUCCGCCCCGGAAGCCCAUUUGCUACGGCCAAGACGGUCGGCCCUCAUCCUUAUAUGGACAUCCGGAAGUAGUUCGCGGCGCCGCCCUACGUCACUACAUCCAAAUUUAGCCAGGGAAGUCGGCCUGCAGCAGUGGCGGGAAGUCUACGCUUUGGUGUGGCAGUGUCCCUUAAAGGGCAAGCACCACAAGUGAAAGGCAAUGUUAGAACGUUUUUACCCCUUUGCCCCGAGACUCAGGUUUUCCUUGGCGAGUGGCGCAGGUUGGAACCGACGUCUGUGUGUGUGUGUGUGUGUGUGUGUGUGUGUGUGUGUGUGUGUUUUUUCGCGUGCGCGCGCGCGUGGAAAUCGAACUCAGGUCGUCAGGCUUGUCGGCCAGUGAUUGUACCCCCUGAGCCUCCUCGAUGGCCCAGAUAUGUUUCUUGGUGCGGAGGCAGAGUGUCUGCGGGACUCCCACGGCGCUGGGCCCACGGCGUGAGCUCAGCAGUCGCUACGUGGAUACCGGCGGCUGUGGGGUAGCUCCCUCCAGGGUCAGCCAGCCUCGUCCGCGCCAGCUGUCCACCCGUGUCCAGAAGGACAGAGACAGGAGGGCUGGAGGCUUAAGGUGUCCUUUCGCCCCAGUGCAGUCAUUCGUUUGUUUAGUAAACAUUAGCCAGGUGAUUGCCUCAGGUGUCUCACUGUGCCUUCAGAGGAGUGAGGAUGGGGAAUCAGACACGGAAUAAAGAGAAAGCUAACAGCCCUGGCGUGUUUAGAAGUAGCAGCGUUCUUACUGUUCAGAAAACAUGAGUUAGCCGGCUGGUAGGCGCAAGGAACCGUGCCCUCGGGGAACGGACCCCUUCCCGGGUCUUCCCGCCGCAAAGGAAGAUUACCACCCACCACCCGUGGCUGGCCCGCCAGGGAGUCUGAGAACCCAGACCAACCCAGGGGCUCGAGGUGCAGCGCGGAAAGUUCUUCCUCGCCAGGAGCUAAGUACCUUCUUCAAGGCGUAAAUUCAUGUCUAUUGCUUUAAGGAGUCUCUGGCCACUGUGGAAAGCCCGGAUGAGGCCUUCUGAUUGGGCGUGGCGUCUCCGUGACGUCAUCCCGGCUCUAUUAAAAGAGCGCCGGCGCGCUUCUCCGGCCGGAAUUUGUAGCUCUGGACCUGCUGGUCUAAGUUUGUUGUCUGGGCAGCAGCCGCAGCCGCAGCCGCAGCGCCCGUCUGAAUCCGUUCCCGGCUCUCGUCAAGCAAGCAUGGAGGCGCAGAAGGAAGCGCAGCGCAUCAUGACCCUGUCGGUGUGGAAGAUGUACCACUCUCGCAUGCAGCGAGGUGGCUUGCGUCUCCACCGCAGUCUACAGCUGUCCCUCGUCUUGCGUAGCGCUCGGGAGCUCUACCUUUCAGCCAAGGUAGAGGCUCAGCAGCCCGAGUUCGCGCCAUCUGACAGCACUCUGCUGUGGGCCGCCCCCGCCGGCGCCCCCCGCCUGCGAGGCCACGCCAGCCUGCCGCCCGGCCGACAGCAUGCUCAGCGUGCUGGUGCGAGCCGUGGUGGCCUUCUGAGGAGUCCGAGCCGCGUCGCCGGAGCCGAAAACGCACACCCGUGGCCAGGGCCGGCUGGGGAAGGUCGGCGGGACCGGUGGAGAAGAGCCGCGGCCCGGGCUGCCAGAGGCCCGGGGAAGGACAGAGGAGCUGAGGGCUUGGGCGCCUGCCUUCUCCCACAGUGCGUCCACAGGUGCUGUUAAGGACUGUCCCCUCCCUGGCUGGGAGAAGGGACACCUGGAUCUUGAAUCUCAGGGUCGGACUUUCUUGGCCCGGCUGCCCGUGCAAGGCCGUUUCACUAGCGUACGCGCUUCGGGCCCUACAAGUGGCACGCUUGUGCAAGCGCUCGUGGUUGCGUCAUGGGGCAGACGCGGUGCUUCCUGCUGCCUUGCGUGGGUGUGGGGCCUGGGAGGAGGCCAGGGUGUGGACCCGCCCUGGGGACCGGGAAGUGAUUUGAGUCACCUCGCCCCCACAGGCUGCUGUGGUUGAACCGGCCCUCGGCUAAGAGCCCGGACUGGACCGGUCAGUGAGUGGAGCGUCUGGAGACCCCCGGAACCGUCAGCCUAGACGGAUCGCCUGGCGUGGGCCAAGGCGGGGAGGAAAGCUGGGUGGCUGGUCGCAUUUACUGUCGUAGACCCUGUCUCUUCGGGCAGGAAAGGAAUUCUUUUGCCAGCGUGUUUAUGAAGUCUGUUUACCUUUUCCCAUGGUGGGUUGUAUUAAACUCCCAUCUACUUGCUCAGCUAGGAAAAUAAAGACCUUCGGAGUAAAGAU